AUGCCUCGCCCUUCGCGACCAAUUUUGUCGGACGACGAGAGUGAUGCCAGCACAGGUCUCCCCGAUAUCUUCUCAAACGAUGCUUCCGAGGACGAUUCCUCCACCAGCGACCCCAACCUAGGCAGUGAUGUCGAGUCACAUAAUGAAUCUGAUGAUGACUCGACCUGGGUGACGAAGAGGAACAACCUACACCGGAGCCCCACCUCAAGAGGCCGAGAAUCUCAAUGUGUCGCAGCUCCGACAACAAAGAUACAGUCCCAGUUUGGCUGA